AUGGCAGCAAGAGGUGCACACAUAACACCGAAUGUGGAGGUAAACCCAUCCUUGUUUGAGGUUUUAGCGGCAGAUUCAUUAAAUGGUACUUUCUAUCCUGCAAUUAAACGUGUUGUCGAUUUUUUAGCUACAGUGAAACCUACGGUCUUCGGAGUCUUAGUUCGUUAUUAUGACGAAUUCUAUUUGAUGUUCAAUAGUUUCGUCCAAGGGUACUAUUUGCAACGCUAUGGAGGAUCGCUAGCAGAAAUAUUUUAUGGACUAACUAGAACAUCGCUGCGAAGUAAAACAUUCAGCAUGAAGGAUCGCAAUUGGUCGUUCGUCGUGCUGGUGCUGGUACCGUACGCUAUGCGUAAACUAGAAAAAGCAUGCGACCGGUGGAAAGAGGACUAUGAAAACGCGAAACAUUUACCGGCAAAUCGGAAGCUUCUAUUCCGUUUGCUACCGUAUAUAAAGGCUUGCUACGAAAGUGUGAAACUUAUUCAUUACGUGUCGUAUCUGGCCAAUGUUACCCAAACCCACGCGCCGUCUUUGCGAAUUUUAGGCCUGGGUUUGACUUAUCUUCCUGAAGAGGAGGAUAGUUGGUCAUUUAAGGACCUGUUACACGGAAAAGUAAGGGUUGCAACGAUGCUCAGUACCGCUCUUUUGCGUUGGUUGGAAUUGUCUGCAUUCUUUCUACAAUUCAUCGAAUGGUGGCAAACGGAAGCCAAUAUUGGAGAUCUCUCAAAGCUGCCAAUUCCCGACGCUCCCGAACAGGAUGCCAAUGCAGAAAAGUACGCUAAUAUAUGCCCUAUCUGUCUGCAAAAGCACAUAAUUCCAACGGCGAUUUCCGUGUCUGGGUAUGUUUAUUGCUAUCGUUGCAUCGCUACUCAUCUUCAAACGGAAAGCAGGUGCCCUGUCACCAAAUAUCCGGCCACCAUUAACGAUUUGAUCGGAAUUUUUAGCGGAGACGAUGCUUGA